AUGAAUCGAGAAGAGACAGAACGAUACAUAAAUGUGGUAGUGACGACGAACUACUGGAAAGGAGAAAAGGGAGCAGAAGUGAAGUUUAUGUAUCCCGCAUUGUACAGAACGAGUUGUCUGUUGGAUAUCAGAUUCUUCCCUUACGAUCAACAAGCCUGUAAACUAACCAUAUCUUCCUGGACAUCAUCUAAAUCAGAUAUCAACUACGAACCAGAAUAUGAAUCUGUGAAUAUGGACAAUUUCCUUCCGAAUGAAGAAUGGGUUGUCGUCAGUUUCAAUAUAAAACGAGUCGAGGAGAAGUUCGUGUGUUGUCCCGAGCCAUGGGUUCUACUGGAAGCUGUUCUAGUUGUUAGACGGAAACCAUUGUAUUAUAUUGUUAAUUUGGUUAUACCCACUUCUGUUAUCACGUUGGUCGCUGUUACUGGAUUCUUCACUGCUGCUUCUACCAGUUCUGAGAGACGAGAAAAGCUGUCUCUUGGAAUCGAUUCCCUCCUUGCCAUGUCCAUCCUGAUGAUGAUGGUCUCUGAACAAAUGCCGACGUCAUCUGAUUUCGUUCCUCUCUUUGGAAUAUUCUAUCUUUCUAUAAUAUUCAUCAUAUUCAUUGGAACACUCUUCACAGCGUUCAUUCUAAAUGUUCACCUGCAAAAGAUGUACGCAAAGCCAGUGUCUCCUAUUGUAUCAUACAUAUUUUUUGGGAGGAUCGCUCAGUGGCUCCGAAUGCGUCCUCCAACAAUGCUUUUGGAGCUGUGGAAUGAGACAGGAGUGACAUUUGGGAAGAAGGAUAAAAUGAAGGCGAAAAGGGUGGAGAUGAAGAAUCAGAAGAUGCCAAAAGUGACGUCAUCGUCUUCUGGUUUGAAUCUUCUGAAAUCGAAUAGUGGAAGUGGGAGAGCUCCGUUGGCUGCUCCGAUUAGUGCAAGGAGCUAUAUAAGUAUGGAUGAUAUGAAACGAGAAGCAGCGAGAAGAAAUUGGAGGCGACUCGUCAAGAAAAUUAAUUCGAAUAAACAGAAUGGAGUGAAAAAUUGCGGCGGCGGUGAACGUGGACAACUCCGACAAGCCGGUCGUAAGAAAGUGCCAUCAGCCAUAUCAGUCCCACACGGGGAACCUGGUCCUCUGAUGCUCAGUGCAUCUGCAAUUUCAGCGUUUUCAGUGACAGGGGAUUCAACUAUUCUGGAGAGCAAGUUGAAGAGGAGAUACGCCCUGGAGUGGGAAUACCUGGCCUCGGUGCUGGACCGUGUCCUUCUAAUCGUCUUCUCAUUGGUCGUAUUCACUGUGACAUCAGUCAUGAUCCUGGUAGGAGAAGCUAUGCAUUUGUCAUACGAGCUUGCCGCUAAGGAGUUCUAA